AUGGCAAGCAACGUUACUCUAAUGGAAUAUCUGCAAGUUGGGCCGCCACGACUGCCAAUAAGCAAUCAAGGACAGUCGCGAGAUAAUACAACAAACGGGAACUAUGCCGCUAUUGAUAUCAAUAAUGUGGGUCACUGGAACGCCUUCAAUCUGGGGAAUAUCAUGAACCAGUACGGACCUCUCCUGACUGGAUCCAUGAUACAACGUGAGCCCAUGCCGACAUCUCCCCCUCAGCCGAUCACCUCAGAGACAAGUUUUCGACAACGAUUCAUAUUGUAUUUGGACUCCAGGGUUCGACGCGGGCUUCGUGUGGGCUUCCAACAUCUUGGUAUACAGAAUAGUCUUGGCAAUCGGACUGUUAUAUCAUUUGGCGAGGGGAAUCUCGCCCGAACCGUGGAGAAUUUCAUACCCGACACUGCGUAUUUCGCAACGAGUCUUCCAGAAUCUACGAGGCCCAAUCGUGCCCCAGGAGACCUCAAGCCAUCAUACAAGUGGUCUUUGGAUUUGCGAAAUGGGCCGACUCAGAGAGAUAGGAAAGAGUUCAAACAGGCUUUGGCCCAGGUCAACUGGUACAUGAGGCAGCAUCACGCUCGCUACGGUUUUGUUCUCACCGAUCGUGAACUCGUUGCUAUUCGCAGGCUUGACAAUCACGGUAAUCUGGAACUUUCAGAUUCCAUACCUUGGAUUGCGCGUGGUACCGUAUCCCAACCGCAGUUGACGGUUUUGCUUGCGUUGUGGUACUUAGGAAUGCUUGCUUCCGACGACCAGUGGUGGAGCUUACAGUGA